AUGGCUGAAACCAAACAAGCAGUACUAUCGCGUUAUGUCAAGAGAAACGGAAGUUCAGCAUCGAUUGCAUUGCUAUAUUCACAUAUCAAAGCCAACUAUGAAUGUCUCUAUGUUUGUCAACUUCCAUUCCUUGACGAUUUGAAACAAUAUCAAUUCCCACCGAUCGCACCCACCAACUCGGCAACAAGAAAACCAUACAUUCCAACAGCGGAACAGUGUCUGCACGAUCGAGCACUUCAUCCGGAAUCACAACUUCCAAAACUCGAUCCGAUCAUCUCGAAAUAUAUCAAUCCCGAUGAAGCGAUUAUGGAGAAUGCACAAGAUGCAAUAAAGAACUUCCAAACACUGUUUCCACUCACGAAAACCACCAACUUUAAAUCGGAACCGAAAUAUCGAUGGCAAGAUGGAAUGUUGGUCGAACAACAACAAGAGAUUCGUUUGGAUUCCUAUGUGACAGACGAUGCCAACGCAUCAAAAAAGAGAAAGGCAGACGAUCUUGCAGAUUACUCGCUCGACAAACAAAGCGAUAUCAUUAAUGAAAUAACGUAUUGUCCAACUGGUAAACGAUUCACUCAAAGAUCAAUUCUAUCAGAAGGCAUUGGAGUGUCGUUGAACUUCGUCGUGGAUCUAUCAAAGAAUCAGAAUCACUGGUAUUCAGGUGAACUUCGUGAUUAUUACGAAUCAAAGAAUCGUGAUGACUUUUGGCAACUGAUCGUUACAAAUCAGAUCGGAUUGAUCACAAACGAUGAAAGUGAUGACAGUGAAAUCACUGAAAAAGAAUCAAAAGAAUUCCUCGGUUCUAAACGCAAGACCAUUGCGAUCAACAACAAUCAACCAUCGAAAUCUGAUUCUGUUGAUGAUCUUUUUGAUCAAAUCGAAUAA